AUGGAAGCCGGAAAAAGACUAUCUACUGCCUCCAUCAUUUUUCUAUCUAAUAAUGAACUUGCCGGCUCGAUUCCCUCUUCAAUUUGCUCCAACGAACCUAGAUUAUACUCUAGUCUUGCAGAUCUGGAUCUUUCUAACAACAAACUAUCAGGGAUUAUACCUACUACUAUAAGGUACUGCAGUUCUCUGGAAUAUCUAAAUUUCGGUUUCAGUAACCUCACUGGAAAUGUUCCUAAAGGGCUUGAACAAGCAAAGCAAUUGCAAAUUCUGCAACUAAAUGACAACAAUCUUGAUGGCGAUCCUCUUUAUAUCAUCAGUAAACUUCCCAAGCUGCAAGUUCUCAUCUUAGGGAAUAACAACUUUGGAGGAAGUUUAUCUGAUGUGCCUGGUUCACUGAAUUACCUUAUGAUUCUUUCUUUAAGGUCAAACUAUUUCAACGGGUCAAUUCCUAAAGAGAUUUUCAAUUCGGAUCAACUCCGAAUAUUAGAUUUAUCGGGAAACAAGUUCACAGGGUCAAUUUCUAGGAAAAUAAGCAAUUUAACCAUGCUUAUAAGUCCAUAUAACUAUGUGUACGAGAUCAGAGGCGAUUAUGAUGAUGCUGAUGUACAGUUGCAGAUGGCGAUCAAAGGGAUCAUAAUACAAUAUGAGAAACUGUAUGGAUAUAAUUCAGGAAUCGACUUAUCCUCCAAUGAAUUUGAGGGAGAAAUUCCUGAAGAGACAGGUCUAUUAAAAGGACUCUCCAUGCUAAAUCUAUCACACAAUCGGCUCUCGGGUGAAAUCCCAUCAAGUGUUGGACUUAUGAAUGGCUUAGAGUCCUUGGAUCUGAGUUACAACAAGUUGUCUGGACUUAUCCCACAAUCUUUAGCAUCUAUCGAUUUUCUUGGUUAUUUGAACCUAUCUCAUAAUAACUUGAGUGGAAGAAUACCAAGAGGACUUCAUAUGGAUACGUUGAGCUGA